AGAUUGUGUUUUUUUGCCAUUUUGUUUAAUGCUUAAAUGGGGAACUUACUGCUUUUAAUCUGACCAAUUUUUGAUAAACAAUAGAAAUAGAAUUUAUAAGAUGGUAAUGAGCAGAAAAAUGCUGCCAACAAUAAUGUUGGGAAGUCUUCAGUACCUGCAGGACCUUCAAAAUAUGACCAAACCAUAGAGAAAGAGGAUGACAACGAUGAUACAGAUAGUGGAGAAGAGAUGGUGGAUGGAAUUAUAUCUUCAAGGACUAAGUCAACUUACGAACUUCCAUCUCAAGAAGAACUUAUACGCUGUGCUUUUGCUGGUGAUGAUGUUGAAGAAGAAUUUGAGAAAGAUAAAGAGGCGAUCCUAAAUGAGGAGAGUCCAGAACUUGAAAAGCCUGUUUUGCUUUCUGGCUGGGGCCAAUGGACUGACAUACAGAAAAAGAAGGCCUACCUUACUGGAUGCAGUAACAGCACGAUAUGGCCAAAAAGAAAAGGGAAGAAGCCCUCAAGAAGAGGAAGGAUGCACAUCUUAAUAAUGUUAUCAUCUCUGAGAUGUUGGAUAAAAAUGUUACUAUCGGUCUCUAGUUUUUUCUUUAUUUCUGAAAGAAUACAUGCUUUGUUAGUUCAGCAAUGACUGAUAAUCAAAUGACCAUAUGGUGGAAACCCAGGUGGACGCCGCUUUCAGAU